AUGCAGCUUCAAUUUUUUGCCGGAGCCCUUUUACUAGGCCGUCGGGCCCUCGCAAUCCCAGCUACACCAGAGACCGGCAAGAGCAUUGCUCCAAGUAUCGACUCUCUGGGCACUCUUCAGGCGUUGAAGUACAACAACCUUGGCCCUCAGAACAAUGGAAGUUCCGCGGUUGUUGUCCAUGAUCACCUGUCGAGCUUUGAGGCACAAGCCCGCUGUCAGUCUAUCGGCGAGGGCCUAUAUCAAGCGCAGGAACUGUCACAAGUCAAUGGUACAGAGCUAGCAUAUCAGCUCGACUAUCUCGUCCAUGUACAUGACAUCCGGCCAAACGAAACCCUCUGGGUUUCUCACGCUGGUCCCAGUGCCUGCCGCGCCUACUCCCUCGAGCACAAGGAUGUCGUGUCGGUACCUUGUAGCUCGGAGUUGCCUGCUCUUUGCACAUCCGACGUUCCCCCUACAACGGACCAGGACAGGACAGCUGUGAACACAUCCAAAAUUUCUAUUGAAUUCGAUGGAUAUCGCAUGACUGGCUACCGCGACGGACGUUCGUUUCGCUUUCUGGGUAUCCCUUUUGCCGACGCUCCACUGGAAGACCUCAGAUUUGCACCGCCGCGUCCUUACUCCGGAUCCCGAAUCAUUGAUGCAACAAAGAUGGCCAAAUCCUGCAUUCAAUCUGUGUCAGGCUAUGGCACCUUGGAUAACGGGGGCAUAUCCGAGGACUGCCUCUACCUGAAUGUUUAUACCCCUAUCCUUCCUGCGAGAAAAGACAAGGGCUCUAAGAAGCGUAAGCCUGUUGCAGUCUACCUCUACGGAGGUGCUUUCACCACGGGAACCUCGGCUAUGGUGGACUACGAUGGGGGCAACUUUGCCAGCCGCAACGAUAUUGUUGUUGUUACUAUCAACUACCGCGUUGGUGCCCUUGGCUGGCUGACUAUCGGUAACCUCACGACGGGUAACUAUGGCUUACGGGAUCAAAUCAUGGCCCUGGAAUGGGUUAACCGGCACAUCGAAGCCUUCGGUGGAGAUCCAUCCCAAGUCACCAUCUUUGGCCAGUCUGCUGGCGGCCAGAGCGCGAUUGCCUUGCUUUCUUCGUCUGCAGCCCGGGGUCUUUUCAGCGGGGCCAUCGUUCAGUCCGCCCCCGUCGACCUGCCCUGGUUCACGCGUGGAGUCUAUACCGAGAUCGUCACCCCUCGCGUCUCCAGUGCCGUGGGUUGCAACGGGACCACCUCUGAGAGCGCCCUGCUAUCCUGCCUCCGAUCAGUGCCGGCGAGAAAAUACCUCGACAACAGCACGGAGUAUGAACUCGCCAUUGCCUCGACUGCCAAAGCUCUCGCCAGCGACUGGCUACACUCCAGCGACCUCCUCGCAUCUAUCGAGCCGAUCAUGCCCAUCGUCGACGACACUGGCAGCGGCGUCAUAGACGACCAGUUCCAUGUCCUCCUAUCGGAAGACCGCCUUCCCAACCGUGUCCCCGUCAUCUUCACCACCGUCGCCGACGAAGCCGCCCUGUACGUCAAUGCCGAAGUGACCCAGAGCCUGGGGGCCUCUGAAACCGCCCUCGCCGAAAUCUUCAGCCUCGCAUACCCCUCCUCGCUAGCUAAGACCCUAAUCGCCUCCGACGCCUUCCCCCUAAACCCCAACGACACCGACAGCGUCCGCAACGUUGCCGCUGACGCCCUCACCCACAGCGAAUGGACCUGUCCGCAGUCCUACCUGCUGAACCUCGCCACCACCACCACCACCACCAACAACACUGGGCCCUUCCCCCACCUUUACCAACUCUCCAUCCCCCAGGGUCACAUCCAAACCAUCGUCGACACGCCGGCCAUCUGCUCCCCGAACCAGGACAAAAACGCUCCCUGCCACUCCGCCGACGUCCUUCUCGUCUGGGGCACGCUCAACAGCAAGACCCAAAACGUGGCCCCCUACUACGGCCCUCGCGACAUCUUGCACUCGCAGCUCCUCAACGACAUCUUCGCCGCGUUCUUCCGCUCUCACAACCCGAACCCGAACGUCGAAACCCUGAAGCUCCGCGGCCCGGCCUACGGGUACUCGUUUGAGAUUUUCGGGAAGCGCGGCUACCGUAUGCCUGAGUAUCGCGGCAACGGCGAUCGGGUGCUUGCGUCGCUAGGUGUUGUGCCGGGUGUGACGGUGAAUCCCGGGCGGACGCCCAAGUGUCGCGUGUUUGAGGAGGAAGGAUUUACCUUUCAGAACGCGAGGCUUACGGUUUAGGUUCGAGGUUGUCAGCUGACUUAGAUUGAUACGUGUGGAUGGUUCUGGAUGGUGGUUGAGCAGG